AUGCCUCUUAAGGUUACUCCUCAAGGUCGAGAGACCCCUUACAUGGCAUCUGAUAUCUAUAACGAGCCGCCUCCGCGUAGGAGCGCGCGGGCGUGCAGGCCUCAGCAGCAGCCAGGAGGAGGCGGAGCUGACGCGAGCCGACCGGCGGGGACAACUAGUGGUUCAAACAGUCCUACCUCAGACUCUGCAUCUGUACAGAGAGCAGAUACUAGCUUAAACAACUGUGAAGGUACUGCUAGUAGCACAUCUGAAAAAUCAAGAAAUGUGCCUGUUGCCGCUUUGCCUGUAAUGCAGCAAAUGACAGAAAUGAGCAUUUCAAGAGAGGAAAAAGUAUCACCGAAAACAGAGACCGAGCCAGUUGUUACUCAACCAAGCCCAUCAGUUUCUCAACCUAGUACUUCACAGAGUGAAGAGAAAGCUUCUGAACUGCCUAAACCAAAGAAGAACAGAUGUUUCAUGUGCAGAAAGAAGGUUGGCCUUACGGGAUUUGAUUGCCGAUGUGGAAACUUAUUUUGUGGACUUCACCGUUAUUCUGACAAGCAUAAUUGCCCAUAUGAUUACAAAGCAGAAGCUGCAGCAAAAAUCAGGAAAGAGAAUCCAGUUGUGGUGGCUGAAAAAAUCCAGAGAAUAUAAACUAGCCUACUUGUGAAAAGACUGACUCUUAUUUGUUUUAUUUUAAUAUACCCUAGGAAAGCAUUGAAGAGCAGAUGCAUGGCCAUUUUCCUUUGUUCUCCAAAGUUUUAAUUUUAGCCUUGUCUGUCUUAAUGAUAUUUCAGAAUGUUUGGGUGUUUGUUACAGGCAGAAUUGGAUAGAUACAGCCCUUGAAAAUGUAUAUGCUCUCCUCAGAAUAUGAUUGGAUGAUCAGAACUUGCACAGGAAUACACAUGCACAGAGCACAGGCUCUAGUUCAUAUGUGCCAAACACGUAUAUACUAUCUGCAUGUUUGCAGCAGAUCUGCCUUU